AUGACACGAUUUUGGUCCCGAUGGAGACCUCAGCGCAAUGAUCGAAACCAAGAAUCUCCACUGAGACAUCAUCGCCGGGAUCUAGCCAGAGAGACUCAAAACCUCACUCCAAAUAUCAUCGUGCAAACUGAGGCUUCGGAUGAAUCAAUACUAUAUCAGCAUCUUUUGGCACCCAUUCAACCGAACCUCACUACAUCGAGUUCGAGUCCAAGAAUUACCGUUCAGAAUGCAGACAGUUUCACCGCAGCCCAAAGAAUACUAAACGCGCACCCGACGGCGAAGGUCGGGGUUCUCAAUAUGGCCAGCGAGAAACACCCAGGAGGAGGGUGGCUACAUGGGGCUCUAGCCCAAGAAGAGGCACUUUGUUUCAGAAGCACUUUGGCUGCAACUCUCAAUGACUCACAUUACCCUCUUCCCGAAUUUGGGGCGAUUUGGUCCCCGAGAGUGGCUGUGUUUCGCGACGAGGUAGCAAGGUGGUGUCGUAUUUACCCUCAUGAUGAUAUUUUCAUUGUUGGGGUCGUCAGUCUGGCAGCUUUGCGAAACCCUAGAUUGUCCAAAGACAAACAACAAUUUGCUAAUCUGGGAGAUAUUCGAGUCACCAAGGAUAAAAUGCGACAAGUGCUUCGUGUUCUUGCUCAGAACAAUGUUACUCAUUGUGUACUCGGUGCACUUGGCUGUGGUGCUUUCCACAAUCCACCACGAGAGGUGGCUCGCAUCUCCGGCGAGGUGUUGAGUGAAUCGGAGUGGAGAGGAAAAUUUGAAGAAAUCGUUUUUGCUGUUCUGGAUACGCGCAAUGAAGGGAACUUCAGAAUUUUCAAUGAGGCUCUGGGGGCAUGA